UAAUUCCCGCCCCGGAGCAGUGAGCGGAGCCCGCCCGGCGGGACGCGCGCGGACAGCCCAGCCCGCACACAGCCGGGCCGGGCCCGGGGCUGAGCCACAGCCCGCCCGCUCCCGCAGGGACCAUGAGCUCCAGCUGACGGGUCUGGGGCACCGGGGCGGCCCCGCACAGCCCUGCGGGAUGGCAUGGCACGGCAUGGCUCCGCUCAUCGCCUGGGCUUGUGUCGCCGUCAGCCUGGGGAAGGCGCUGGGGGACCAGGGCGACGGGGCGGACCUGUACUCGGAAAACAUCACCCGGAUCCUCGACAAGUUGUUGGACGGCUACGACAACAGGCUCCGGCCGGGAUUCGGAGGCGCCGUGACCGAAGUGAAAACGGACAUCUACGUGACGAGCUUCGGGCCCGUGUCCGACGUGGAGAUGGAAUACACAAUGGAUGUCUUCUUUCGGCAGACAUGGACUGAUGAGAGGUUGAAGUUUAGUGGGCCAACUGAAAUUUUGAGAUUGAACAAUUUAAUGGUCAGUAAAAUUUGGACACCAGACACAUUUUUUAGAAAUGGAAAAAAAUCAAUUGCUCAUAAUAUGACAACUCCUAACAAACUUUUUAGAAUUAUGCAGAAUGGAACUAUUCUUUACACAAUGAGACUAACCAUUAAUGCUGAUUGUCCCAUGCGGUUGGUGAACUUCCCUAUGGAUGGACAUGCUUGUCCACUGAAGUUUGGGAGCUAUGCUUAUCCAAAAAGUGAAAUAAUUUAUACUUGGAAAAAAGGACCCCUGCAUUCUGUAGAAGUACCACAGGAGUCUUCCAGUCUUCUCCAGUAUGACCUCAUAGGACAAACUGUAUCUAGUGAAACGAUUAAAUCUAACACAGGUGAAUAUGUAAUCAUGACAGUUUAUUUCCACUUGCAAAGGAAGAUGGGCUACUUCAUGAUACAGAUUUACACUCCAUGCAUUAUGACAGUCAUUCUUUCUCAGGUGUCUUUCUGGAUUAACAAGGAGUCUGUUCCAGCCAGAACAGUUUUUGGAAUCACUACGGUUCUAACCAUGACCACUCUCAGCAUCAGCGCACGCCAUUCUUUGCCCAAGGUGUCCUAUGCCACCGCCAUGGAUUGGUUCAUAGCCGUGUGUUUUGCCUUUGUGUUCUCUGCACUCAUUGAGUUUGCAGCUGUCAACUACUUUACCAACCUGCAGGCUCAGAGAGCACUGAGGAAGGCAGCCAGGGCAGCAGCACUGGCAGCAGCACUAUCGGCAGCGACUGUACCGGCAGAGGACGAGAUUGUCUCGCAUUCUGACUCCAACUCUAACCUGAAGAAGCGAGUAAACUCUGUAACAUCUCAGGCAGAGCAGUCUCCUGAACCCAGCAUAAUAUCAAAUACUGCAUCCCAGUGUCAGGCAGUGUCUGUGCCUCCACCUGCCCCACCACAACCACCAGCUAUUGGAGGUGCCAGUAAAAUAGACCAGUAUUCCAGGAUCCUCUUUCCAGUGGCAUUUGCAGGAUUCAACCUGGUGUACUGGGUGGUUUAUCUUUCAAAAGACACCAUGGAAUUUUUUGAACCUUCUGCAAUGCAUUUCCGAAAUGACCCUCAGUCCAACUGAGGAACAACUCCAGAUUUCAAGGAAAUCGCUCGAGGUCUCAGAGGGUUGAAGAGAUUUCAAAAGAUUUGUCUGUCUGUCCACAGGUGCUCUCCAUUUUCAAACAGGGAAUAUUUAUAUUGGACAUCACCUGGAUGCAAACUCUGGACAAAUCAAGAGCUGCAAACGUCUUGGGGUUCUAAUGAUACUUUCUUAAGAUUUCUUACAGUGAUUCUACUACAGAAGUUCUUCUUAAAUUGUUUUGUUUGAUUGUCAAAGGAAAGAACGUGCAUUUGUUCUAAAACUGUUGCAAACAGUUGAACAUUUACAUCGAUAUAAAAUAUCAAUAAAAGAUUUGUUGGGUUGGGUUUCUUUAUAUAGAAUAAGGAUUGCUAAAAGGAGCCUGAUUCUGAAAUGGUUGGGAGUUGCACUGAUUUCCAUCACUUGACAUUGACCCAAAAUACUGUUGGAAAGAAAUCCUAUGAAAAGGAGCUGCAGUUCCAUAAUGUUUUAAUCCUUUUAUGUAAAAGAUUAAUGAUUAUUUAUUUUUAUUUCAUUUUAAUCUUUAAUUUGAGAUCAUAUUUAUAAAGAAUGAGAUCUAAGAAAAAAAGGAAACAUAAGCUAUUUUUUGUGUGCUUCAGCUGCUCAGCUGCCAUGGGGUGACUGUUCCUGUUGGGAGUGACCACGGCAGCACAACCAGACUGAGAACAAGCAAUUGCUCAGCAGGAUCUGGAAAUGCAGGACUGAGAUGUCAGAGAGCUUUCAAGGUCUAAAGCUGAAUAGACAGAAAGAUGCAGCUCCCCAUCAAGCUGCAUGCAAGGCUCCAGCUCCAGGGAACUGCCUGGAAGCAGCUCUGGAUAGCUGGUUAAGGAACAAGCUGCAUUUAUCAGCUGAUUCUACUGAAUUGCCUGUAGCAAGCUCCCUAGAAAUUUUUUCCAGAGCCAAAGUAGUGUCAGCAUAUUCAGAGUUUGAAGGUAAUAAUAUUUUGUCAUUCUCAACACAAACAGCCACAGAAUUUCUUCGUUCACCCUUCAUCUCCAUAAUCCCUCUUUAAAUGUGAUCAGGAAACAUAUGCCUAAUCCAGUCAAUCCCAAACCUGUUUUAUUGCAGGUGUAAUGGUCAUUGGUAGGAGUCAGAAGCACUCAAAGAAGUUUUAGAUGCAGCCAAAUAAAAAUUAAGGAUUCUGUUCUAUUUUGAAAUUAAUUUUAGUAAAAUAAAAUAAUAAAAUGACACAUGGAUUCAGGAUAUUCAGGGUCUUUUGCUUUGUCUAAAAAAGCAUCUUAAUCCCUGUGAAAAAAUAUUUACAGGAUGACCAAUGAAGUGCAGUAAGUCAUGGACUGUUACUGGACUGUUAUUGACAGUGGUAGCUGUGUGAUGCCCCAGCUCCAGUUGUUUUCCUCCUGUUUCCAGAGGAGUCAGGAGCUUUUCCCAGUGUGGGAGCUGCACUGAACAGGGGCCAUCACUCUUUGUCCACCCUGUUCUCCAACGCUGAGGGGCUCAGAUGGAACAAUUUGGGGAUUCAAGCCAACAAUACCAUUGUUUGCACAGAUGUGCCACGUUUUCAGUUGGCUGUUCCUGGCACACUUGGAUGGAUUUGUAAGUGUGCUGAAGUCUUUCUUCAUUUUGCUUUGAAACUAAAAUUGUGACAAUUUUUCCUAUUUUCAGCCUUUAUAUACUAUUUUAAGAAAAAAAUGAACCUAUGGAUAUUGGACAAGUAUUUUAUAAUUUGUAAAUACAUCUUAUUUGAAAAAAAAGCAAAUUGUGCUGUAUGGACCCAGAAGUAAUUUUUUUGGGUAACUAUACUCAUUCUUGCUUCACAGAUUAACUUUUAUUUUGAGUACAUUAAUUUCUGUAAGAGUUUUCUGAGUAUUUUAAAACUGGUUUAUGCACAAAAUGAAAAUGUUUAAAAGCUGUAGUAAAACAAGUGACACUAAGGAGCUAAAUUUUGUAUCUGCUCUUUGCCUAAAAGAAAAUUAAAUAUGAAUUUUACAGGAGAUGCAGAGAGUUACUAAAUAGUCACUAUUUCCUUGGAGUGUAGUACUUCAAUGUGUAAAAUGUUGUAAUGUCCUGAUUAGGAAGCUGUAUCAGCACCUUAAAACUGUACUGGUAGCACUUGGUUUUUAACAACAUAUUUCAACAUGAGCACAAAGGCUACUUAUCCUUUUUUUUCCAAAGAGCUUCUCAUGUGGAUAAGACAGACCAGGGUUGGUUCUCCACAGCUGUUUGAAUGGGAGGAAGGGAAUGUAUAUUUUUCUGUUCCAUGCUUUGUAGAGACAGGGGUGUGAACAAUACUGUUGAUAAUGUUAAGUUCUAUCUUUGAAUAAAUGUAAUUACUUACAAUUAAUGUCAGUUCUUCAAAAUCCUGGUUAUGGUGAAACACCAACCAAGCAAGCACGGCUGUAAAAGAGCAGAUAAAUAGAAAAAGGUUGUA